AACACUGACGCGCAGCCAUUAGCCCUCACGUGUAGUGCUGCGUUAUGCAAACAUUGGAGUUCCCAGUCUGCUGCAUGAAACGUCUAACAUCUCAGGCUGAGAAAUGAAAGCGAAGUCGACGAAGUCAGCAGCUGCAUCGGAAUCAAAGAGUAGAAUGAGGAAAAGAGCCGGGGAGAAGAACUCUGGACCAACUCUCUCCAAAAAACUGCGAGACAAAAAGGAUGGAGAAACAUCCAAACAAGGGGCUCCCUUCAAGUCUACAGGAGUUCAGAAGAGAGAGAAGUAUGGGAGUGUCCUUCACUAUAUCUACAAGAGUACUCUGGGACAAAGUCUUCACUCACAGAUGAGACAGUGUCUUCAGGAACCUUUUGUCCGCUCGUUGUCAUCCUAUCAUUUCCACUCUGCUACCAGCCCCUUUGACCGCAGAAUCACCUGUCUGGAGUGGCAUCCCAGUCAUCCCACUACUAUGGCUGUGGGCUCCAAGGGUGGUGAUAUAUUUCUGUGGAACUAUGAGGCACCUGCAAAUAAAACCUUUCUCCAAGGGAGCGGAGCAGGAGACUUUAUCGGAGGGAUGAAGUUUUGCCCGACGGAUCUUUCCAAAGUCUAUGUGGCUUCCGGUGAGGGCACAUUGACCAUGCAGAGCUUUGAGGGCCGCACACCCACUGUUCUGUCCACAACUCAAGACUGUGGCCACGAUCACCACAAUGUUUGUUUCUGGUACUGCUGUCUCGAUGUGUCUGUGAGUCGACAGAUGCUUGUGACAGGAGACAAUGUCGGACAGCUUGUACUCCUGGGUUUGGAUGGCCAAAAGAUUUUCAGUGACAAGUUGCACAAAGCCAAAGUGACACAUGCAGAGUUCAACCCCCGUUGUGAUUGGUUGUUGGCGACAGCCUCAGUCGACCACACGGUAAAACUUUGGGACCUGAGAAACAUCAAAGACAAGAAGAGCUUCCUCCACGAGAUGCCUCACGAGAAAGCAGUCAACUCAGCCCAUUUCAACCCACUGGACUGCUCCAAGUUGCUUACUACAGAUCAGUACGACCAGAUCCGCGUUUAUUCAUCCUCUGAUUGGUCGAAGCCUCAACAUAUCAUCCAACAUCCACACAGACAGUUUCAGCAUCUCACACCCAUCAAGGCCACAUGGCACCCUAUCUAUGACCUCAUCGUGGCAGGACGCUACCCUGACGACCGAGUUUGCCCCGGAGAUCAGAGGACCAUCGACAUCUUUGAUUCCAACACGGCAGAGCUCGUGUUUCAGCUGCAAGAUCCCACUGUUUCAGGGAUCAAAUCUGUCAACAAAUUCAGUCCAUUGGGUGAUGUGAUUGCAUCUGGAAUGGGUGUAACGGUGCUGGUUUGGGAUAGAAAUGAGUCAUUGAUCAGCGAUCGGCAUGAAGAGCAGGCGGAAACCUCGACCUCAGUGGAGAGUUUAAGAGGCCAGCGGAGGAGUCGGCAGCAGCAGCGCUCCAGCAGGGACAGGAGAGGUCCUGCUUUGGAUGCAAAGCUCAAGAAGAAACUGGCUUCUUUGGAAGAAUCAGAGACCAAAACCAAGACCAAGACUGCUUGUACUAAACAAAAACAAGCAGAAAUGCGGAAGAAGUAAAUUGUAUCAGUGACCCCAAUUUGAUAUGAACCUUCCUCUGAAUAGAUUUUGGUUGUUAGAUUUGAUUCCGAGCAGAAUUAUAUAGUUGUCACUAUCUGAGGAGAUAUCUUUGGAGAAAGUGAACCCUGUGAGAAUAGUCACUUUAAUGACUCUUACUCACAUUGGACUCAUAUCUACACUUCUAAACCAUUCCCCAUCUUUCUGGAGCCCCCCUGGAACUCCCUCAGGGACCCCUGGUUGAGAACCGUUGAACUCUAUAGUCUCAUGGAUCAUAAAAAUGUAUAUAUUUCUUUGUUUACUGCUCAUUGUGUUUCUAACUUCAGGGAUUGAAUGUUUAAAAAGUGUUUCUGAUGUUCUUUUAAAAGCAG